AUGAUACAUGGACCAUGUGGACAGUUGAAUCCAUUUUCAGUAUGUAUGAAGGAUGGCCAAUGUAAAUGUAAUUAUCCUAGAAAAUUACUUGAUGUCACGAGAUCAGAUAAAAAUGGAUAUCCUUUGUACAGACGAAGAAGUAUAACAAAUGGAGGUUUCCAGACUGCUAUUAACGUUAAACUAUUAAGAAGAAAAAGAGGGCCUUUCUUUUUAGAUGCUCCAGGAAGCACAGGUAAAACAUUUUUAUUGAACUUAAUAUUGGCAGAAGUACGAAAAAGUGGAAAUAUAGCAUUAGCAGUAGCAUCAUCUGGUGUAGCAGCUACCUUAUUACAUGGUGGACAAGAACCUAUUUGUAAUAUUAUUGAUAAUCCUGCAACGUGCAAAUUACUUAAACAAACGAAUGUAAUCAUUUGGGAUGAAUGUACAAUGGCAAAUAAAAAAGGACCAGAAGCAUUAGAUAAAACGUUACAAGAUUUGAAGAAAAAUAAUUUUAUAAUGAGGAAAGUAAUAGUCAUUCUAGCUGGCGAUUUUAGACAAACAUUACCAAUAAUUUCAAGAGGAACACCAGCUGACCAAAUACAUGCACGUGAUACUAAUUUAGAGAAUUUUUCAAAACAGUUAAUACUUCUGGGAGACGGAAAAUGGGAAAGAAAUUCAGAUGACACAAUCAAAUUUCCAUCUAAUUUUUGUCGUAUCUUAGAUUCAGUUCAUUCAUUAAUAAUCCAUGUUUAUCCUGAUAUAGAUAAAAAUUAUAUCAGUCAUGAAUGGUUAUGGGUAUGUAAAACGUUCAAAUCAAUUGACACUGUAUGUCAUCCUGAACAUGCCAUAUACUACCCUAUGGAAUUUUUGAAUUCUUUAGAAAUAUCAGGCUUACCAUCUCAUAUAUUAACGUUGAAAAUUGGAGCACCAAUAAUGGUUUUACGAAAUCUCAAUCCACCUAAAUUAUGCUAUAGUACUCGAUUAUGUGUGAAGACAUUAAAGAAUAAUAUAAUUGAAGGUAUAAUAUUAACAGGAUGUGGAAAAGAAGAACAUGUUUAUAUUCCAAGAAUACCUCUUAAACCAACUGAUACACCAUUUGAAUUUGAAAGAUUACAAAUUCCUGUAAGACUUUCCUUUUCAUUCACUAUUAACAAAUCCCAAGGACAAUUAUUAAGAACUACUGGAGUUUAUCUUGAAACACCAUGGUUUUCUUAUGGCCAAUUGUAUGUAGCAUGUUCAAGAGGAGGUGAUCCAAAAAAUUUGCAUUAA